GAUAAGUUAGCAUAUCAACUUACAAGUCUGAACGUCGCUUCUACUAUAGGUUUGUCUCGCUAUCGAUUGAAUCUGAUAGCCCCAACUCAAAACCAAUAUUUCUGUAUAGGUCAUGGCUACCGAACCCGAGCCACGCCCCCAUGUCGUACUCUGGGGUGUCGCCAAGGCACCCAAUGCACCUAGCUCGUCUGGCUUUUGCCAAAAGCUGGAAGUAUUCCUCAGAUUCAGUGGUAUAUCAUACGAAGUAGGCGAGACUGUCCCAAUGAAGGCUCCCAAGGGCAAAGUUCCCUUCGCCGAUAUUAAACAUGACGGGAAAACUGUCACUAUCCCGGAUUCUCAUUUUAUUAUCCGCUAUCUCAUCGAGAACGGGCUCAUCAAAAAUCCGGACACCAUAGCCGGCUUGACUGCCGUUCAGAAGGGCGAGUCGAGAGCAUGGCAGGCGUAUAUUGAAGAACUGCUAUAUUCUGCAAUCGUUCGAGAUCGGUGGUACAUAGAUGAAAAUCAUGCAGUGACUGCCGAGGAGAUAUUUGGGAGCAUGGCCUGGCCCAUGCGGCCGAUGAUAUCUUGGUUUUUUAGGUGGAGGGUGAUGAAGUCAAUUUGGAACGUUGGGAUGGGGCGUCACUCCCAGGAAGAAGCUCAGUCUUUGCAGAAAGAGGCUUUUGAGGCUCUCGAAGCAAGGAUGUCGGGCCACUUGUAUUUCCACGACAGCGAACAACCAACGGGCAUUGAUCUUAUCAUCUAUGCUUUCCUUGCCAACACACUGGCAACGAGUGGGAACCCGUACUGGGCGGAUAUGGUGCUAAGGAGUCCUACCCUCCUGGCAUUCACAAAAAGGAUGACAACCUUGCUCUUCCCCGAAUACAAGCUCCUUUUACAUCGCAUUGAAGAAGCCGACAUCCUGAAUUAGCAGCGGGGAACACAGUGGGUGAUUGGGUUUAUAAAAGGAACAAUUUUCCUUCUAUUGUUGGUCCGCCUGCAUGUUUCGUAUGGUUUUGUCGUCAUGCUGGAGUAGACAAUCCUUUCUCCCGUUUGUAACUGAUUAUCACCAUGACAUUAGUGUACACCUCAAGUCCAAAACUUGUUGUCAUGAUCUUGCCGCAGCAUAAUUUAAAAGAGCCGACUGCCGCGGAUCGGUUACAGCAAAUAUUAUUCAUUACGUUCCGUAGUACCGUAACUAAACAAACUUACCAAUCUUGCCA